AUGGAUUCAGAAAAAGAGACAUCUCGGGAAGAUAUUGCAGACUCUCCACUCUUUGAAGGAGAUGAAGCGCUCCGACUAGUGGGAACUCGAGCGCAGAAAUUCAGCGAAGAAUAUAAUCGAAGACUCAGAAACAAACUGGACAAGGUUAUCAUUCCAAUAACUGCUGCGGUGUACUUCACCCAGUUUUUGGACAAGACAUCGCUCAAUUAUGCGAGCAUCAUGGGGUUCCCCGUAACUGGCCAGAAUUACAACCUAGUUUCAAUGGCAUUCUAUCUUGGUUUUAUAGUUUGGGAAUUCCCCACAGUAUACAUUGCCCAGAAGCUAAGGCUUGCAAAAUACCUCGGCAUAAAUAUUAUCAUAUGGGGCGUGGUGCUGCUCUGCCAUGCGUUAGCGAACUCCUUCCAGGCCUUCUUCGUGCUUCGUUUUAUUCUUGGGAUGUGCGAGAGCUGUGUGUCUCCUAUUCUAAUAUCGAUUAUAUCCAUGUUUUAUAGAAAAAAUGAACAAGGAAUUCGCAUUGCAUAUUUUUAUACAAUGCUUGGUUUCACUCAGGUCUUCGGAGGCUUCGUAGCUUAUGGAAUCUCGUUCUACAAUGGAGCUCUCAUGGCAUCAUACAAGAUUGUCUACUACCUCCUUGGCGGCCUUGCGAUCAUCGUCGGAAUCAUCGUAUUAACAUGGUUGCCAGAUUCUCCUGUCAAUGCCUGGAUGCUUACGAAGGAGGAGCGUAUUGCAUCCCUAGAACGAAUUAGGGAUGACCAGGGGGGUACAGAGAACAGGAAGUUCAAGAAAGAACAGGUUAUCGAGACGCUUCUGGAUGUCCGAACUUGGUUGAUUGUGCUUGCAACCAUGUUGACGGAUAUUCCUAGCGGUGGUCUCACUAACUUUAGCAACAUUAUCAUAAGGAAUUUCGGAUACACAUCAAGGCAGACGUUGAUUCUUGCCACUCCCGCUGGAAUUGUGCAUGUUAUCUCGGUAGUGCUCUGCGGUUAUUACUCUGAUAGAAAGGGAGAACGCAUGUUACCGGUGAUCUAUGCAACUCUACCAACCCUUCUGGGCGUCGCGCUGAUGAUCGGCUUCAACAAUACUGGACAAAAGGGAGUGUUACUGUUUGGUUCAUACCUCAUAGGCUCGUUUGGAAGCACAUUAUCUACGAUCUACGCAUACAAUGCCAGUAACACCAGUGGUUACACCAAGAAGGCAGGCCAGAUAUACCUUUGUCUCUGGCCAUUGGCUGACAUGGUCCGACAGCUCACCAUCAAUGCGCUCACCAUGGUCUUUUUCUGUGUUGGAAACAUCGUUGGCACUGAAAUUUUUCAACCUAAAGAUGCACCGGCGUAUAUCCCAGGCAAGGCCGCCAUCAUGGUUUUGCUGUCGACACAGAUCGGAGUAGCAUAUCUUCUACGCCAUAUUAAUGUGAAGCUAAAUAUUAAACGACGAGCGAUGAUAGAAGAGAUUAAGAGGGAGAAGGGCUGGACGGACGAUGACGUGCAGAAGGAGAAGGAGCGUCGUGCGUUCGCCGACAUGACAGACAAGCAGUAA